AGUAAAACGAGGGCUUAACCGAGGAAUUAUAAACACUUGAAUCACUGUGAUUUAUUUGGUAGGAGAAUGUUGAUCAUCCUUAAAACCAGUGGAGGAAGAACGGCAUCUCUUCAAACUGCACUCUAACUUGUCAGGAGCAGGAAAAGAACAAGAGGAUGCUGCCGCUGGAGACGCUCACCGUCGGCCCCAUGGUGGUCGACACGGUGUCUGAAGCCACCACCCUUCUGCUUGUCCUGCUGCUGCUGCUGCUCGUCACUGCCUGGUGCCGAGCAAACCGCUCACAUAUACCCGGUCCUUCCUUCUUGGCGGGACUCGGUCCUAUCCUCUCCUACAGCAGAUUCAUCUGGACUGGGAUAGGAACAGCGAGCAACUACUACAACAACAAAUAUGGCAGCAUCGUGCGAGUCUGGAUUAAUGGCGAGGAGACCCUUAUUCUGAGCAGGUCUUCAGCAGUGUAUCACGUUCUCAAGAGCGCCCACUACACGGCCAGAUUCGGGAGCAAGAAAGGGCUGGAGUGUGUUGGGAUGGAAGGGAGGGGGAUCAUUUUCAACAGUGAUGUCCUGCUCUGGAGUAAAGUGAGGACAUAUUUUUCUAAAGCUCUGACAGGCCCUGGCCUCCAGAGGACUGUGGGAAUCUGUGUAAGCUCCACAGCCAAACACCUGGACCGCCUGCAGGAGAUGACCGACCCCUUCAGACACGUGGACGCUCUCAAUCUGCUGAGAGCCGUAGUGGUGGAGAUCUCCAACAAGCUUUUCCUCAGGGUGCCGCUCAACGAAAAGGACUUGCUAAAGAAAAUCCAAAACUACUUUGAAACCUGGGAAACAGUUCUUAUAAAGCCUGAUAUAUUUUUCAAGAUUGGGUGGCUGUACAACAAGCACAGGAGAGCAGCCCAAGAGCUGCAAGAUGUGAUGGAAAGCCUUCUUGAAAUCAAAAGAAAGAUUAUAAAUGAGUCUGAGAAGUUGGAUGAUGAUCUUGACUUUGCAACGGAGCUCAUCUUCGCUCAGAACGUCGGAGAGCUCUCGGCGGAUAACGUCAGGCAGUGUGUGCUGGAGAUGGUGAUCGCGGCACCUGACACACUUUCCAUAAGCCUCUUCUUCAUGCUGAUGCUGCUGAAACAGAACCCAGACGUGGAGCUGAGGAUAGUGGAGGAGAUGAACACUGUCUUGACUGAAAACGGUGAAAACAUUGAUUAUCAAAGCUUGAAAGUGCUGGAGAGUUUCAUCAAUGAGUCUUUAAGGUUUCACCCGGUGGUUGAUUUCACGAUGCGAAAAGCUUUGGAAGAUGACAACAUCGAAGGCACAAAAAUCACAAAAGGAACCAACAUCAUUCUCAACAUCGGUCUUAUGCACAAGACUGAAUUCUUUCCUAAACCCGCAGAGUUCAGCCUGAUGAACUUUGACAAAACAGUGCCCAGUCGUUUCUUCCAGCCCUUCGGCUGCGGGCCCCGUUCCUGCGUGGGCAAACACAUCGCCAUGGUGAUGAUGAAGACCAUCCUAGUCACUCUGUUGUCUCGCUACACCGUGUGUCCUCGCCGAGGCUGCACCCUCGACAGCAUCAAGCAGACCAACAACCUGUCGCAGCAGCCUGUGGAGGACGAGCACAGCCUGGCCAUGCGCUUCAUCCCUCGAACAACAUGAACUCUCACAGUCGGCGCUGAGAUGCAGGAGGAGACGCAGGAGGAGAGGAGACACAGGAGGAGACGCAGGAGGAGACGUAGGAGGAGACGUAGGAGGAGACGCAGGAGGAGACACAGGAGGAGACGCAGGAGACGCAGGAGGAGAGGAGACGCAGGAGGAGACACAGGAGGAGACGCAGGAGGAGAAACUACCAGAAUGUCACAAAAUGAUUCCCUGGCCAUGAUAUUACAAAUGUGCAAAACCCUCACAAACUGUGUUUUUAUAGUUCUAGAUUUCAUGCUAAAUGUGUGAAGUCACAUCAGAUGUUUUGUCUACUUUGACAUUAAUUACCUUUAUGAAUACGUUCAAGGUUUUAGCAGAGCAGGCACCGUCUUCUGGACCUGGACUGAGACAAACAGCUAGUUUUUCAUUUUGUACGUUAAUCCCAGUUUAAUCCAGUUGAUGAAGAUACUGUUAUCAUGUCACAAAUAUGUUUGACAUACUGUUUGUGUUUCUAUGGAAGCCCUGAGAGACAAAUGAGAAGACUAAAUUUGGCGAUUCAUUUUCUAAGUCUGACCUAAAUGGUUUUCUCUCCUGUGUUUAGGUGUUUAGCCAGAAUAUUCUUUAUAAAUUCCUGAGAACAUAUUUGACGUGUGAAACGGGGACAAAGUAAGUUUCCCAGGAUAGAUUUUGGAUGGACAAAUAGAAAUCUCACCUGGAAGAAAAGCAUGAAGAAGCACUUCAGCCUCUUGUGGCCGAAAGUUCUUAGAAAGAUAAAAUAAAAUCACCAGAUUUAUUUUUCCUCA